ACAGGAUGCUAUGGGAGCAGAGUGCUGUGCGCGAGUGAAGAUUGUUGACAGUAGUAAUGAAAAAAGUGAUCCUAUUUAUUAUUCUCACUCAACAGUUAGCUGUGAACCAGUGAAACAAGUCCAUCGCUUUUAUCGUCAGUUUUAGUAUUUUAAUGUGAUGACUACCGAUUUUUUUCAUAACAGCGGUAAACAGUAGUGGAUGCAGCAAAACGCAGCAACAUGUGCGAGAAUGAACACAACGCGGCUCCACUGUUGUUUGAUUUCGAGUUGCAUGCUGAUUACAUAUCCAGUCUAGCACCCAUCGCCUUCUAAACAUGGGACAUCAAGACGCAGGUGUUUUCCGACCGAAGGUUGGUCGCACCUUUGUCUUGACAUUGGCAAUGGGUAUACUGUUUGGAUUCAGCUUUGCAUAUAUAUUACUUGCCACAAGCCGUGUGGCAGUGGGUGAAUUGAGCCUUUAUCCUGUUAGCAGGCCGAUGUACUCUCAUGACCCACAUCAUCACAGUGAUUUGGACAAUAUCCAAGGACCAGACAUUGGCUCAUUUGGUGUCCACAGCCACGAAGAAGAGUUUCACAAAGAUGAGGACAAAGUAGCCCGUAAACUGGCACAGAAAGUCAGGGUGCUCUGCUGGGUGAUGACUUCUCCAAAGAAUCAUAAUCUGAAGGCACGUCAUGUCAAAGCAACUUGGGGGCAUCGGUGUAAUAAACUCCUUUUCAUGAGCAGCACCAAUGAUACGUCAUUACCAACUGUUAAGCUCCCGGUGAAAGAGGGUAGAGAUCAUUUAUGGGCCAAAACAAAAGAAGCAUUUCGUUAUGUGUAUAAUCAUCAUCUAAAUGAUGCUGACUGGUUCAUGAAAGCUGAUGAUGACACGUAUGUGAUAGUAGAAAACUUGCGCUACAUGCUUUCUGCUCAUAAACCUACUGACCCAUUGUACUUUGGUUGCCGAUUCAAACCAUAUGUAAAACAGGGUUACAUGAGUGGUGGUGCAGGUUAUGUUCUGAGUCGAGAGGCAGUGAGAUUAUUUGUGGAGGACGGACUUCCAGACAAGAAAAAAUGCCGUCAGGAUCAUGGUGGAGCUGAGGAUGUUGAGAUGGGUAAAUGUCUAGAAGCUGUGGGGGUUAAGGCUGCUGAUUCACGAGAUUCUCUUGGUCGAGGCAGGUUCUUUCCAUUUGUUCCAGAACAUCAUCUUAUUCCUGGACACACUGACAAGAACUUCUGGUACUGGAACUAUAUUUAUUAUGAAUCAAAAGAGGGCCUGGAGUGCUGUUCUGACAGUGCAGUCUCCUUUCACUACGUUUCACCUAAUCACAUGUAUGUGCUUGAAUACCUUAUUUAUCAUCUACGCCCAUAUGGAAUUACUCAUUAUGUGGAAGAGCAGGUUUCUUCAGAUGAGCCCAUAACAGAAAAAGCAUCUGACAGUGGAACGUUAAAACCUACAAAACGUGAAAUCAAAAAUACUCAUUGAGGAAGUGGAGAUUCAUCAAAGGUGAUACAAGAUGUUAGUUUGGAGUUCAAAACAUAUACUUACAGUUACCUGUAAAUGGUUGAAAAGCGUAUGCGGAAGGCCUUGUGAAACCAAGGUUCUUUUAUUUCCUAUGAAUACCUCUGAUACCUGUUAAAGUGAUUUCUUAAGAGUAAGAAAUAACAGAACAUUUGUUACUGUGUUUUCAAUUUUAAGCAGAAAGAAAAAUUUCAGAUGUGACUGAAAUGAAUCACGUUUUAGUGUUCUGAGAUUCUGUAUGUUCCAGGGUUCAGUAUUCUUAAGCCAUAGAUCUGCCAUUAAUAUGAAUGUGUUUAGGUGGUGAUUCAGGAACUGAUUGUAGUUCAGUGUCAUGUUUCAAUUUUUAAUUUUGGCUGUCUUAAUCAGCUUUUGAAGUCUGACUAUGAUACUGAGUUUUUUGCCAGUAAAGAAACUAUUGUGAAAAUUUUGAGUAGUUAAAAAGAGACAGUGUUGACUCCUUGAGAGCUAAUGACUAGUCAUGUUAGAUUUUUGCCAUGGGUGAAUUCAUGCACUCUUCUGUCUGUGAUAAUAAGAAAAUGAUUCAUAACACAGUAUUGUUGUGACAAUUUUGUACAAACUAGGUUGCUCAUUAAUGAUUAUUCCUGGGAUGAAAGACUCCAGUCGCUCUGGUGUUUGAGGAGCAACAGUAAUGUAUACUGGUGAAAUUCUUGUGAUCAAUAGAUUUUUGAUUUUGUGGAGAAAGAUUUGUACAUGUAUGUGAGUUUAAUUUGUUUGGUAAUUGAUGUAUGUCCUCUUAGCAGAAAUUGAAGAAUGAGGAAAAUUUGUGGAUUACUACAGAUGUCUGUGAUUGUGCCAUAUCAGGACUUCUGUAUAGGUUUAAUAGCUUACAUAUCUUAAAUACAACUUUGAAGUUUGUAGUUUCUUUUAUCCUGUGUGCAUUUACUUGUCCUUGAAACAAGCUGAAUUAAAAACUAAAUAAAUAAAAGCAGGGCCCUUGGCCAGCUGUUCUCAUUGUGAGCAUUGUUUAAUAGCCACCAGUGUCUAGUUUAAUGCUGGCUAAUGCAUAACUUACUGUAUACUGUAAAUAGAGUCCACAGUAGUGUAGUGGCUGUAUUUUCAAUGAAAACAUUUAGUCUUGUGAUUAAAUUUAUAUACUCUUCCAAUUCUUUUGAUACCACGCAGCACCUAGUAACAAUGUCAGCAUCUUAGGUCAGUUUGCUUUUAAAUUUUUUGGAUAUAAGGCAACUGUGGAAGAAAAGACUGAUAUAUGAUAUUAAUGAGUGAAAUCACAUUGUAUUUCUUGUAUUUUUACAGAAUCUCUCUCUCUCUUUCUUUCUUUCUUUAAAUUCUUUUUUGCUCUGCUUUGCUAUGUGUGAGCUUAUCUACUGUAAAUCUUUUUCUAUAUUUGAGCAUCAUCUCCUAUACUUUUCGUUUGAAUUUCACUUGUUAUGCUUAGACAGUGAAGAUUCAUUGUUUUUAAUUCUGAAUUCAGUCUGUAGAAAAUGUUAAUGUAAACAGUUAUUUGUUAUAACUAGAGAGUUUAUAAGAUAAGAGUCUGCAGCAGCAUUUAAUUUCUGUGUAUUGUGCAGUGGUCCUACAUGUAGUAUUCACAACAUAUUUUCAUACUCUAAGAAGAAUAUUUAUUCUGCAAUUGUUCUCUUCUGUUUAUAUAUUUGUAGUAUAAAAGACUAUACAAAAGACUAGGAGGGAAACUAAACUCAUUUUUCAUUCUGUGUGUUAUGUGAUGUAUGUCAUCUUACCACAUUGUACUGACCUCCAGCCUACAAUGAAUUUAAUUAAAACUAUUGAGCACAAAUGUGAUAAUCAUAACACACCUGCAAACACAUUGAUAUUCGUUACAUUGAAUUAAAAAAAUGAUAUCUAGUAUAUUUUUUCAGCUGAUACACAUCAACAAUAUUCUGCACUUGUAGAUAUGGAACUAUGGAAGUUUGCUCUAUUUUUGCUCUGUUCUUUAGUUUUUAUGUCCUGUCUUUUGUGUUACAUUGGAGAGUAGUCAGAAGUAAGGAUAAUAAUUUGAUAUUUCAAUAUGUUUCAUAUGAAUUGCUCUUUGAUGUUUGACAACCAACCAACACAAUAAAAAAGUUUAAGGUUACAUUAUUUUCCUCCAUUGCUCAAUAAAGUAUGCACUCACUGAAAAUUAUAUAACAGAACAUUGAAAUUGUAAAUAUCUGAAUGUUACAUUUAAUAACUACUCAUGUCAUUAAAUACAAGACACAUCAGUUCCACAGUCACCUAAUGGAUUUUUUUGGUAUGAAUUUUUCAACUAAUAUUUUAUUUCAUGACUUGUUAGCCCCUCUUUCUUCAGUCACAUGUCUCCUAUUUGUCACAAAUUUUAGAGUGUUAAUAUCAGGAAUUUUUGGCCUUAGAAGUUUGUUUUUUAAAUAAUACACUCUUCAAUAUAAACUUGGCAGUAGUAGUCUAGUGGAAAAAUAAACAGUUAUACCGUUGUGUAGAAUCAUAAAAAGAUGGUAUAUUGAGCAUUGGCUAUGAAGAGUGCAAAAAGUAUCGACCAUCACAUCACCAUGUAUGCAGUUCCAAUUUUUCAGUGAUGUAUUUGUAGAAAUAUACAUUUUUAUGAAGUGAUUGUCUUCUUUGAUUAAUUUAGAUACACCCAAAUGAAAAUUUAUCCAUAGUGGCAAGAGUUUUUUGAUUGUAUUGGAAAACAGCACACUGGUGGCAGUAGGCUGUUCAUCACUUGAGAUUCACCAUUUAUUUGAUUCAUCACUAGGUUUUUUAAGGCUUUCCAAGAUUCAUAUAUGUUUGACAUUGUGUCAACUGUUGGGAACUAUCUGAAUUGUUAUAUUAUUCUUAAAAAUCAGAUUUGCUUGGAUCAGUAAUUAAAUCUUUUUAUUUUUACAAGAAAUCUUGGUGAACCUGUUUUUUAAGAAUAAUAUUUUGAGGUUUAUUAUUUUAUAGAUUUCUCUGGAGUUUGUUCAGAACAAAUGAUCUCUCUGUGGAGAUUUCAUUGUAGUUCACAUACAGGCACACUUAAAUUACUAUAGAUUGCAUUAUUAGUAUUUUGAAGAAGAAGCAAAUCAGUUUGUGAACCAGAAAAGACAUUUUUAUCUUAUGUUGGACAUUUUAUCAUCUUCAUACUUUUGGCCUUUAAUUAUUGGGAGACAUUCUAAUUGCCUGCGUCUCGUGGUUGUGCCGUAGCAUUCUCACUUCCCACGCCCGGGUUCCCGGGUUCGAUUCCUGGCGGGGUCAGGGAUUUUCUCUGCCUCGUGAUGGCUGGAUGUUGUGUGCUGUCCUUAGCUUAGUUAGGUUUAAGUAGUUCUAAGUUCUAGGGGACUGAUGACCAUAGAUGUUAAGUCCCAUAGUGCUCAGAGCCAUUUGAACCAUUUUUGACAUUCUAACUAGUAUGAGAAGCUAUUUUCCUGCAUCCACUUGUCUUCAUUUUCAGCUGUGUAUGACUGACUGUGAAAUCUGAAAUAACUAGUGAAACUUUCUUGUGACAGAUAUAUGUGCCACAGUGUACUACUUGAAAUGUAGAUAGUAUGAUAGUUUUCUUGAGACCUGAAUGUUGGUGAAUGUAAAUAUAUUAUGAAGUGUAAGUGCUAUCAACUCACAGACUACAUGCAUAUCAUGUGCAUGGUGUUGGAGAAAAUGCUGACCAAGAUUAUAAGAUGACAAAAAGCCCAAGAACGACAGACAAAUCUGGGAGAUUUAAGAAAAAAAAAAAUGCUGCAAUCCUAGUGACUUCAUGGGGUACAUUCCACAGUUUUUUUUUUUUUAAUCUUGCUUAAGCUAUCUAUUCCAGCAAAUGUAUUUGUUUUCCUGUAUGUUGUUCUAUCAUUUGUAUUAAUUGGUUUCUAGAAAAAAGUCAGUGCACUCUACUUUAUUAUCCCACAUUUCCUUUGCAAACUAAAACACUGUGUUAACUGCUUGUCUUGAUAGAACAUUGUAAGAUGAUGAUUUUUUUUAACUAUGGAUAUUUGAAGAUAUACUGUUAUUUGCCUUUCUACUAUUGGUCCUCAAAUUUCCUGUAGAUGUUUUGAAAGAAAUUGUGAUUUCAGUUUAAGAAAUCUGAAUUCAUAAAGGCCUUUGUAAGGAGGAUGCUUUUACAACAAACUGAGCAAAAUGAACAGAGUGAUAUGUUUUUUCCAAUUUGAUAUACCAAGACAUUUUUAUUCUUACUGUCAAGGGCACCGAUACCGAGGGGGCUUGAAUCCUCCCCUCCCCCCUCCCACCCCAGCUUUCAAGGAAAAUAAAAAAUAUGGUGUAAUCAGGUUUUUCAUUUAAAAAAAUUAUUUAAAAGUCAGUAUUAUGCAGGUUUUUAACAAGGCUAGAAUUGGAACUUUAUAAUGGCUACUUAUAAGUCACCUUUCAUCAUCCAAAAUAUUAAAAAUACUUCUUGAACUAUCGUAUGGGCAUUCUUGCUCACUAUUAUCAUUCCUAAUGCUGUCAUCUUUACUUGAGUUAUGCAGGUAAUCAUAUCAGUGUUUAACUAUUUUUCUACCCAUGAGUAAACCUAAUUGGUGUUAAACGUACCUUUAUUCCUUACAUGUAGAACAGUUUAUAUGAUUUGAUUCCUUAUAUAACUUUUGGGGCAGACUACUAGUUUGUGUGGGGUCUUGCCCACUCGUCUCAUAUAGGGUGCCUAAAGGAUGCUGCAUUCUCGGAAUGCUGUACAACAGUUCAAGCAAAUGACAUUAGUAGUUUUGUUUCAAUAAAGCAAAUUGACAGUACUUAACGUGUAUUUACAAUAGUGUUGCAAGUGAUGGGCGACAUGCAACAUAAAUCAGAGUCCUUGGCUAUAUACAGAGAUCAUGCAAGUUUGACACACUGUUUGUGGAUCACUAAAAACUGCUAUCGUAGCACUCUCAGCUAGGCCAUGCUAAUAUCUGUGAAUACUGUCCACUAAUUUCCAGCUGAGGCUGGCAGGAGCGGUGCUUAUAUUCACUUCGGCUAGAUGCCACUCUUAACAUGGCGAUGUUGUCUCACUGCCUUCUCUGGUCUUGCAUUCUUCUUCUUCUUCGUUCUGGCAGUUUUGGUUGUGCCAGAAAAGUUUGCAUUUGUCAUGCCAUGGCAGAAAGUUUCUGUAUCGUACAACUUGUAUUUACUUUCAAGCCUACUCUUGCUUUUAUUGUGCAAUAGUCAUCAUGUUAGCAAUUUAUUGAAAAAUGUCCAUCAUAAGAAACUGAUGUAUUUGUUAUACUGGUCAUUCCAUUCCUGUUUACCAAACAGUAUGCUCGGUACUAUAAAAUUUGAAGUUAUUUUAAUUUCCAAAAUGGAUCUUUCCAUUUUUCAGUUUAUUUCUAAUCUUAAUUUAGUUAUUUUUCCCCGUUUAUUCAGAACUGUAUUUAGUUAACUCUUUCAUUUUACAACAGAGAAUUCCGAUAAGAAUAAAUUACUUAGACAAGUAGAUGCACACAAGAUUCUACUGAUUACAAACGGUAUUUUAUAGAAGAUAGUGUAUAGUUAACCUGCCGCCUGGGAAACUGUUGAGGUGCAGAUUGUGUGUAGAUAAGUCUGUAAAAUAGAUCACAAGAUGAAUGUUUUCUGUGAAUGAAUUUCAGUUUGAUCAGGAAUUUUGUACAGUUAAUUAAUGGAAGACAUUGAAAGUGUGAGCACUAUGUUAUUGUUAUUACUAUGUAAAUUGACCAAACAUGGCAUUAGAUGAGAAUCUGCAGAGUUAAUUUUUCACCUUUAUGUACAGAAGUUUUGAUACAAUCCAGUUAUAAGUUUAUCACUGAAUGUUUUUGAAAAAAUCAGAUAUUUCCAUUAUCUUCAUCGUCAUUGUAGUGCUCUGCAAUAUUUAAUCAUAGUUUCAUGUAGGUGCUAUACCCAGUUUUUAUACUUUAGGCUUGUUGUUAUCCAAAGACUCCUGAUGUGCCAAUAGCUUUCUGUGGUUAUUUUGUAAAUAUCACUGUUAUUGUAACACUAAUUUGCAUGCUGCAUUUUAAAAUAGGCUGUAUGAAAUUAUUUUAUUGUUGUGAAUGUUGAGAUUUUUUAUCAGUUUUUAUUGUUUUUAUUGAAAUGUUUUUAAAGUGGGUGAAAUCUAGGCAGUUGGGAGAUUAUGUUCAUACUUUCAGCUACCCUCUUUUUGUUAGAUUGUGUGUUAUAAUUCUUUUCAGUUAAAUACAAGUGGUAACCAGUUUGCAUUCCAAAUUAUUUAAUGAUACAUAUUUCUGUUAUACCUGUUGGUUGUUGUAUCCUACAACUCAGUUGUUUAUUGAUGUUCACUGUGAGAAACACUCAUUUCAUUUUGGAUGGAACAAUGAGAGAAAAGAUGGACGAGUGGGUAGUUUGUAACAAGUAUGUCAAAUUUGUAUCAUCUGUUACCAAAGACCAUGUGAGCAAAAUGAAUAAAACAGAAUGCAAUGAUAUUGAUGAUCUAUUUGGCCAAAGAAUGUGUCACUGAGAUGUAUAAAUGUAAAGUAUUUUUUAACAAACAGUGGAAAGUGCAGAUUGGAAUAACAACAACAUGGAAGGAUAGAUUGCUAUUCACUGUAGAGAGGAGAUUUUGAGUUGCAGGCAGGCACAGUGAAAAAGACUGCUAAUAUUUAAAUCUUUUGGACAGAAUUGUUCUGCUGCAGUAGAAAACACACAGAUAGUCAGGCUUUAGCACCUUGAGACAGUGGCCAUGCAUGUGUAAAUUGAGAUUGUGUCAAUGUAUGUGUGUUUUUCACUGCAGAAGAAAGUCUUUGUCUGAGAGCUUUAAUAUUUUAGCAGUCUUUUUACUGUGUCUGUCUGCAACUCAAUGCCUCCUCUAUAUGGUGAGACUCAAUGCCACCUCUAUAAGAUGAGUAGCAAUCUAUCCUUUCUGCAUUGUCAUUGUAUUUUUUAAUUAUAAAGAGAAAUGAUGUGUACAUAAAAAUCAGAUGCUGGCAUUUGAGAUGGAAGUGUAACUUGUCUCUGGAUAGACGUUCGUAGCUUCUUAGUAUAUACAUACAAUUUCCAUGUACUGAGAUUAUAGCAGUGUUUUUAAUGUUAAUUUGUAAAAGAAUUCCGAAUUUCUUGUUGUUGUACAUACUAUUCAAAUUUGUACAAUUAUCAAAAUGCCGAUACAAAUGCAAGCAACAAACACAACAACACAUCUAUGUAUUUAACAAAACACAAAUAACUUUACUUUAUAAAUAGCAAUUUUCAGAGCUUGAGAAUAACAUUAUCAUUAUUUCUUGUUAGGGAAACAGAUUUCUUUCUGAUGCCACUUGUAUUAUGGUUUAAUCCACACAUGGUGUGCGUCAAAUAAAA